GUUUAAAGCUCGACUGUUGACUGGUAGAAAGGGAUGAAGUCCUCGGAAGAUAAAACCAUCCAAUGAAACCGGAAUAAAAGUUCAGUCAAAAUGAGCUGGAUUCCCUUCAAGAUCGGACAACCAAAGAAGCAGAUUGUCUCUAAAACCGUUGAAAGGGACUUCGAGAGAGAAUAUGACAAGCUCCAAAAGCUGGAGGAUCAGACGAAAAAGCUUCACAAGGACAUGAAGAAAAGCACUGAGGCUGAUUUAGCCAUGUCCAAAGCAGCAGUGAAGAUCUCUGCAGACCUGCUCAGCAACCCGCUGUGUGAGCAGGACCAGGCCUUCUUGGAGUCCAUGACGGCUUUAGAUACAGCCAUGAGGCGGAUGGACGCCUUCAACCAGGAAAAGGUCAACCAGAUUCAGAAGACCGUUAUUGACCCUCUGAAAAAGUACGGUGGCGUCUUCCCCAGCCUUAACAUGGCAGUGAAGCGCCGGGAACAGGCACUGCAGGACUACAAACGGUUGCAAUCCAAGGUGGAGAAGUAUGAAGAGAAAGAAAAAACCGGGCCUGUUAUGGUCAAACUACACCAGGCCAGAGACGAGCUGCGACCGGUCAGGGAGGACUUCGAGGCCAAGAACAAGCAGCUGCUGGACGAGAUGCCAAAGUUCUACCACAGCCGCAUUGACUACUUCCAGCCCAGCUUUGAGGCUCUCAUCCGGGCGCAGGUCGUCUAUUUCACCGAAAUGUACAAGAUCUUCAGCGAGUUAACAGACCAGAUCGACCAGGCAGGGCUGACUGAUGCGCAGAGGGAGAGGGAGACCGAGGCCAAGCUCAGCGAGUUGCGUGCUCUGUCCAUUGUCGCCGACGACUGAGGGAGGAAAGCCGAAAAACCGGGAAGGGCUCCUUUCAUGCCUCUCUGAAUGGAUUGCACUCUUUUCAGGCUCCUUCACUCAGUUCAAACGGACAGCAAUGGCCUUAACCUGAUUAUCAGAUUGUUUCCUUGUGGCCUCAUCACCCCCUGUUCCUCUUGCACUACACUCCCAUGUUUCAUUCUCUCUGCAGAGACUCAACUCAAAGCAGCUGAAAUGCCACAUUAACUAAGCCAUCAGCCAAGUGCAACAUUAUAAGCCAAUAUGUUGUUUUUUUUUUUUAGUAAAGGAAUCAAACCAUUCCCGUCAGAGCUAAUUAACAGGUUACACUUCUUGGUUUCAGAGAUGUCUAUAAGCAUUUGUUUCUAAAGCAGGAAAUGAGCAAGGAAAUGUUUUUAUUAGUCACAUCUGCAACGUUACCAACAAUCUGUGAAAACGUUUUUAUUACCCAAGUUUGAAAAGAACAACACUACAGACUGAAUGUUACGUAAUGGACUGUAGGUUACCGGCAAGAAAAUGUAUUUCUGUAUUCUGGCCUUUGCUGGUUAUCUCUAAGUUUAGCUCAGUGCCAUGUUGUGUGUGAGGGCUUUUUUAAUCGGGGUUUACAGGGUGAUAUUGAUGACAUCACCUGUGCAUAAUGUGCCUACAUUGUCUUCACUGUGGAUGUAACAUGAGAACUAACUUGAGUGAAGUGACAUUGUGCCUGUGCAGCGGUGCUGAAAGGUCGACCACUUGGGCUGGGAAGAGAACAAGUGGAAGUCCAAUCACUGUCCAAAACAAAGGCUGGUGCUCCCUCUAGUGGUAAAUAUUGAUCAUGACACGCCUUUUCCUUUUAUGCACAGCAUCCAUCCUUUGUUGUUUUGUUGGUGGUUCAGUUUGUUAGCAAAGAACCUCACACAUUGUUGGCACUAUAGACAAAGUCCUGUCUCUGUACUCUCUAUACCAGGGUUGGAAGCUAACUUUUUUCUGGCUUUUCUUAAUUUCGGACCAAAUCAUACCGUCAUUGCACUCCUUUGUUUCCACCGUCAUCAGGUACGGCCUCAGUAUGAUAAACACACUCUGGUUAAUGGGACUACAUAGUGACGUGCACACAUUGGUUGCUCCCGUGUCAUUUUUAAAACUGUCAUACCAAGAAGUUGACUAUUUAUUCUUUGACAUAUUUUAAGAUUAUUGAAACAAAUGCUUAGUUGAUUGUCUUUGUGUUGGAGUUACACGUCUGUAUUAAUGAAGGUUUUUCUAAAUAACGAAGAGUUUAAGUGAUAGAAUUUUUUUAACACAUUAGAGUGGGUUUUAAUUUAGGUUUCUGAAAUGUAUUAACACUACAGUCUGUUAAAUGACAAUGUUUUCAGCCAUCAUCUCGAUGUAUCGUCAAUCAUGAAAUAAAUUAACUGUGUGACAAGC